AUGUUGAGAGGCAGAAUUGGGAAAUGGACUCUGGCUCUCACAGAAUUUGCUUUCAGAUAUGUCCCUCAGAAAGCUGUCAAGGGGCAAGCUGUAGCAGAUUUCCUAGCCGAUCAUCCAGGAGAAGAAAUUGAAAAUAUGGAUUCUUUGGAUAUAGCAAAUGCGGAUCUACUGACAAGAGCUCAUGUUUGCCUUAACAAUCCCAUUUAUUCAAUUCAUCUCACACCUUGGAAGCUGUACUUUAAUGGAUCAAAAACUGACUUAGCUUCCGGAGCAGGGAUUGUUCUAGAAGAACCUUUGGGAAUCAGACACUGUUAUUCUUUUCAGUUAGAUUUCCAAUGCACCAACAACAGAGCUGAAUACGAAGCUCUAAUCAUGGUAGAUUCUAUGCUUGUUUUAAAACAGAUUGCUGGAGAAUACAAAUGUUUGAACCCUGCUUUAGCUAUCUAUUUAGUAGCAGCUAGGAAUCUGUUGACAGAAUUCAGGGAAACCACUUGGGAACACAUCCCAAGAGAAGAGAACUUCGCAGCCAAUGAACUGGCUCAAAUAGCUACAGGAAUACAAAUCCCGGAAGACUGUGUGCAGAGGAUUAUUAAGGUAGGAAAGAAAAGUCUGCCAUCUGUUCUAGCCAGAGGAAUGGAGGUAGAUGUCAAUUCUGCCGUAAUCACUGAAGAUGAUUGGAGAACUCCCAUCAUAAACUACUUGCAGUAUCCAAUUCUGCCUUCUGAAAAGAGAGUCAGAAUCAUGGCUUCAAACUAUCUUAUGUGGAAUGAAGAUCUGGUCCGAAAAAGCAAGGAUGAGAUAUUGCUAAGAUGCUUGGGAAAGAAAGAAUACAUGAAGGUCAUGGGAGAAACCCACGAAGGAAUAUGUGGAGCACAUCAAGGUGGAAUGAAAAUGUGUUGGCUAAUCAGAAGGUAUGGUUAUAUCUGGCCAACCAUGAUGAAAGAUUGCAUUGAUUAUUCCAAGGGAUGUGAAGCUUGUCAAAGACAUGGACCAAUCCAGCAGGUUCCUUCGGUUCCCAUGAAUCCAGUAGUCAAGCCAUGGCCGUUCAGAUGA